CACACACACACACACACACACACACACUGACUACACUUACUUCACGUGCUCAAUCCAAGUUUUUGUGGAAAGUAGUAAUUGACAGAAGUGUUAGCCCUGCUGAUAAAGAAGUUUAGUCCUUCCACUCAGAAAGAGAGAGGCACUAAAGACAGAGCUCUUGAACUACUAUUUUGAUUAACCCAUCAGGAAAAGUGUCAACAUCAUGAAUAGACUGGUGGAUGGCUUAUGUGACCACACUAUAAAUGAAGAAGGUGCUUUCAUGUUCACAUCAGAGUCUGUUGGAGAAGGGCAUCCAGAUAAGAUCUGUGAUCAGAUCAGCGACGCUGUGCUAGAUGCCCAUCUUCAACAAGAUCCAGAUGCCAAGGUUGCUUGUGAGACAGUGUGUAAAACAGGGAUGGUGCUGCUCUGUGGGGAGAUCACAUCCCUCGCCGUUGUUGACUAUCAGCGAGUAGUUCGAGACACAAUUAAGCAAAUCGGCUACGAUGAUUCAGCUAAAGGUUUCGACUACAAGACUUGCAACGUUCUGGUAGCACUGGAACAACAGUCGCCUGAUAUUGCUCAAGGUGUUCAUAUGUACAGGAAUGAGGAGGAUGUUGGUGCUGGUGACCAGGGGUUGAUGUUUGGCUAUGCAACAGAUGAGACAGAAGAAUGUAUGCCUCUCACUAUUGUUCUUGCUCACAAAUUGAACACCAAGUUAGCAGAGCUGAGACACAGUGGUGAUCUCCCUUGGCUUAGACCUGACUCUAAGACACAGGUCACUGUUCAGUAUACCCAGAAAAAUGGAGCCGUCAUCCCGGUCCGUGUUCACACCAUUGUGAUAUCUGUGCAGCAUGAUGAAACUAUCUCACUGGAAUACAUGCGCAAAACCCUGAGAGACUGUGUGAUUAAACCUGUCGUUCCUGCCAAAUACUUGGACGAGAAAACAAUUUACCACCUUCAGCCCAGUGGGCGUUUUGUCAUUGGGGGGCCACAGGGCGAUGCUGGCGUUACUGGUCGAAAGAUCAUUGUGGACACUUAUGGAGGAUGGGGAGCCCACGGAGGUGGUGCCUUUUCAGGCAAAGAUUAUACAAAGGUGGACCGGUCGGCAGCAUAUGCAGCCCGCUGGUGGCCAAGUCAUUGGUGAAAGCCGGGCUGUGUCAUCGUGUUCUGGUUCAAGUUUCUUAUGCCAUUGGAGUUGCUCAACCCCUCUCUAUUUCAUUGUUCACUUAUGGAACCUCUCAGAGAACAGAGAAAGAGCUACUGGACAUUGUGCACAAGAACUUUGACCUUCGACCCGGAGUCAUUGUCAGGGAUUUGGAUUUAAAGAAGCCAAUUUAUCAGAAGACUGCCUGUUACGGUCACUUUGGAAGAAAUGAAUUUUCAUGGGAGGUGCCUAAGAAACUUGUGUUUCAAUAAUAAUGGGUCCAUUCCUAAAGCAGAAGUGAAGAGGAUUCUACUAGUCAAUAAGAUGUUGGCAGAAAUCAGCUCAAGGAAUUUCAGAUUUUAAAUGGACAGGAUAUUUUCAUGGGAAUUAAUUCUUACUCUCAAUGCCUUAUCCUAUUUCAUUGUCAAAGAUGCCAAAGGCAUCUUUUUAUUGUCUUUUUAUUGUCACAAGGAGACACAAUACAGUUUAUUUUACUGCUGCUGUGUUGGUUCCACUGACAAAGGCAAAAUCUGACAAGGACAUACAAACCAGCGUUUGGGCCUCAACUCUGUUACAGUGUGAUCUUACAUUUAAAAAAAAAAGGUAUUCCUCAUGAGUCUAGCUAAGGAGCACUAGGUCUCCUCACCCUGACUGGACACUAGGAAAUCUGGGUGGGGGGGACAGUUUUCUUAUAGGAUCUGGUAUUGCAUACAACUAUGGGGCAUUUUGCUCGGAAGGGAUUCGUUAUCAUGUAACUGCGACAUAGCUGCUCCUUUAAAGGAUGUUGUUGGUGCUUAGACCUCCUUCACUACUUAUCUCUGCUUUCCACAGUGUUCCAAUCAGCUAUGAUUUGGUGACUCAAACUUUUUCUUCUAUACUGACCUUGCAGCAAAAAGCUUUUAGCUACUAUGUACUUUAUAGGGGCUUUCUAUGUGUUUACAUCUUAGCACAUCAAAUUUUGGAGUCAGUGGCUCAUCCCAAUGUAUGGCAUUAGAGCUCCAUUGGCUUCUCUUGGAUUGUGCUAAUAUGAACACUGCCUAGUAGUGACAGUGCUUUUAAACACUGUAGAGCAGCGUGCUGUUCGUACCCUAUUUUAAUAGAUUUUUAAAGGCAUGAUGUCAAGGUAUCAUCCACAAUUUAUGGAGAUAUUUUUCUCCCACUGGUGUUUGUAACAACAGCCCUUUGGGAGAAUGACACUGAGAUCUGUUUCUUUAUUGAAAUGUGCUGUCGUUAUUUUUAUGCACACAAUGGUUUGCUAUUGGAGCAUUGCUCACUAGUGGUAGGCUCAAGGCUUUGAUUUUUGACAUUGAAUGCUAUAUGGGGACAAAAUAUGCAUAUAAAACAACCAGAAGGCAUUGGAAAUAAAAAUAAAAGGUCCUUAUAUGUUAAAAUUUGGAUCUACCAAAUUUGACAGCAUCUUUAAUUGAAAGACUAUGAUUGAGUCAUCCGCUAGAUGGCAGUACUACCCACCCUAGGUUUAUAAGUCUAACAUCUGUAGAAAACACUUGGCUCUAGGCAGUGUUCCAGAAUAGCUUGAAUUGUGUACAUGUUACUGCCAAAGUUAAAAGUCACCAACUGCUUUUUACUUUAGCAGCUCUGCUUACAAAAUGUAGACGUGGGAUCUCUGUGAUCCAGGCAAUAGCUGGUUGAGGGAGAGCGUGUCGUUUGUGGACCCACAUACUGUGUUGUCUUAAAGUGUGAGUGAAAGGAAAUGGGAUUAGUCCAUUUCUGCAAUGGACUUCGGGACAGUCUUGGUUAUAUUGGAAUCAUGGGUGGGUUUUCUCACUGACUUCAAUGAAAUCAGGCUCUGGUCCUCUGUCACCAUUUCAUGUUGAUGUAGUAGGCACCAAGAGUGAAAUUAAUGCUGCUUCAGGGAUUGACCCAAAAUGCCACUCAAAAUUCACAUAAGGAUUAAGGGGUUAGGUGGCCUUUGCAUGGGAUUUCUGCAUUGGAGAAACUUGCUUCAGGGGAAUGCAGUUUCUUUGCAUACAGUCUCCUGACUUAUUCUGAAAAGGGAAGCAGUUGGAAUAAUCUAAUACCUGACUCAUAGCUAUGUGUUUAAGUUUGGUGAUCAUUAAAAUAAAGAACUAAUAGCACUGGCUAACAGUAGGCAUGAUUUAGCCAGGUAUUGUGCAAACUUCUCCCCUUUCAGUGCAUCUCAAAUUCAACAUGCCUCCUUCCUAUUCAAGGAACAAGCCUCCCCUCUUCAGCAUCUGUGCUAGAUUGUGCAAUGUGUACCAGCUAGAAUGAAAAAAACAACCCCAAAACUAUUUGUUUCUGUGCGUGUGGCUUGGAACCCAUGUCUUCAGAAAAAAGAAAUCAGACCAUUAAUCCGUGUCCUCUAGCCACACAAAUGCUUGCCCUUUGGUAGGAAAACAUCCAAGUGCAGCUGCACGUAAAAGAGUCAUUUGGCCAAAAAAGGCACAGUGGGGUUCUGUAGUCAGUCUGAUUCACUGAUUUCCAGAUCAGAUUUGCACAGUUUGUAAAUUAAAUUGUUAUUUGUAACUGCUAGCCCCAAAAAUUCUGCCCAGGCUCAGAAAGGCAAGCUGGUUUUUUUCCAUCCCAUCACUAGUAAUAGAGGCCAAAUGACACCUUGGAAUACACCUGUGCUACUCCAUUGCCUUCAUAUUACACCCUCACUGCCACCAGUGAAAAUCCUUUCAGGACUAAUGGGGCUAUGCAGGUGUACCUGAGGGCAUCAUUUGAAGACCAUGAGCUCACACAGGUGAAUUUGAUUGCAUUUUUUGAGCUUCAGCUGCCCUAUGGCUAGUUAUGAUGCCCAGGAUAAAAAGGACUCAGACUGAGUGCCAGGGGCCAGGGCUAGGUAUGUUGCAACUCUGUAAAGUCCACUCCCUGCGCUGUGUUGGAAGAGCCCAAGGCCUGCUUUAACUUAUGCUAUCUGCAACUGGCCCUGAGGGUCCAAAAAUGGGCUAUGGACUGGUGAUAGUGUAACCCACACACCUUCUGGGUGUGGUGUUCUGUCCCAUCUAUUGGCACUGGGACCACUUAGAAAGAGAGGGAUUAAUGAGUCUACUCUACAGCAUUAGCUAACAGCCAUAUGGCUUUUAGCUUAUGCAGUAGAGGCUCAUGCACUAAGCUCCAGAGGCCCAAGGUUCGAUCCCACCUGCUGACGACCAGGGUCUGUCGGUAUUACAGUAGCACGGGAGCACCCUGGCUAUGUCCCUUUUCCUCCAGCCACUACCUCUCUUCCUUGCUAUGUUAGGAGCACUGAGGGUGAGUGGCAUAAGAGCCCCUACAUAGGUUCUGCUGUAGGGAGAUCAUCUUUACCCUGGUUGAUCUUCCCUGGAUGAUUUUUCCAUUGUAAAGUCAGAUUAUCCUAGCAGUGCAAUAUAAGGUGAUCCACUACAUUACAGGAUCUGGUCCUGCUCUCAUUGAUUUCCAUACUAAGGAGCCCACAAGGCCAAUUGUUGCAAAGAAACUUUAGUUGGAUAAUAAAAGCCAUGCUUUGCUGCUAAGUUAUUACAAAAAAAAGUGCUAUAGUUUUUCAAAGACUACCUCAUGAACCUUUAUUGGCCUACAUUGCACCCAAGGAUAGACAGUUACUAAUAGAUAGAAGUUACUAAUAACAAGCAAGUGACCUGUUCUAUUUACCUCAGGAUUAGUAUGCAAAAAUAGAUUGCAGUUCUACACCUGUUCUUCAGCCAGGAACUUCACCAGGAGUCCACAGGCAGCCUCGCCUGCAGUCAUGAUCUUUCCACUGCCUUCAUUGACCAUUGGCUUAGUACCUUAAUGAUUUAUAUCAUUAUUGGGAGAGAGAGUAAGCCACCACCAACAAAGAACACCCCACCCAAUCCUAGAAAGAACUCAUAUAAAAAAAUUGCUCAUCGUCGUAUAAAAGUGCCAUGAUCCCAUCAUGAUCAACUCAAGCUACUUCAUAGGAAAUGGUAGCAACAGUUCUGGGCAAGGGAAGCCCAUUACAUGAAGAAAUAAAAAUUGCUAAGGAUUUUAUGUUGGGUACAUAAAAACACUGAGCCAAUUAUAUAUUUUACCUAGCAGGGUUUGCAUGAAAAAAUUUAUACGCAUGUUAGAAAAUGAGUCUUUAUAUUUUAAAUUGCAUUUACUAAUUUGCUUUUGUUCUUUUGAAUAUCCUAUCACUACUGCUUUUAAAUGUGUGAUUCAAGAACAUACUGAAGUCCAGUCUGUCUGCGGGAAACUGACCUGUUGCUAAGAUCACUUGUCAGCAGGGGGUCCCAUCAUAAAUAGUGAGAAAACCAGUUUAAACUGCUAGUACAGACAGGAGAAAAUUGUUUCCAGCACAAUUGGAGACUGUGAUUGAGUUUUGGGUUUCCUCUCUGUAUGUGGAACUUAAACUUCAUAAUAGUGGAUACUUUGUAUGCCCAUGCUUCUUUUUACUGUUAUUUAAAUGUGGAAUGGGAAUAACGACUAACCAUGAGAAGGGUGAAUCUUUCAUCUACCCUCUCUUUGUCCAUCUUGUAAACUUUCCUCUUGAUUGGUUUAGUAGGUAGAGUGGGGAAUGUAUGCAUCAGGAAUCCUGGGUUCUAUUCCUGGCCCUACUUGUGUGAUCCUUGGCAAGUCAAAGUUGUGUCAGUUUUCCUGUCUGUGCAAUGGAAUAAUAUGUUCCUAUCUCACAGGAGUGUUAUGAGGUGACUGUGUGAAUUUGUGACUGGGAAGAGGUUUGAGAUCUGUGCGUAAAAGGUGCUGUAGAAAUACUAAUAUUAACAUUGCAGUUGAGUUUACUUGUAACCAGUACUGCAGAUAAGCAGUACUGUCCAUAAUGUAUCCCUGUCACAAGGUCCCAGCCCGAGCUGGCUUUCUCAGCUGCCAAACCCUUCCACAUGCCUAAUUUCCAGCUGCUAAGCCUGCCCACAAUUCCCACAAGCACUUUGACCCAACUCCCCCAACCCUUUUCAAAGUUUGACACCACUACUUGCAGUGACCAAGUGGCUGUCAGUAGAUCUCUUGGCUUCAUUUGCUGGGAAGAAUUAAAACUCUGCGUAUACUAAUGAACGUUAUGUCAUGGAAUAAAACAGACCAGCUGAGGUUCUUUUCAUCUGAGAGCCCCAAUUUCGCAUGUCUAGAAAUGUAUAUCCUUUGUUGGCAUAAAAUACCACCUCUGGUUUCAGGGUGGAGCAUCAUCACCAAGGGAUUAAUUUCUAAAUAUAGAAGGAGAAGUUCUUAAAGUUUAAAAAUAUGUAGGGUCAGAUCUUCAGUUUGCGUAAAUCACCAAAGCACUACUGAUUUCAAUUAGCUAUUUAUUGCCUACAUCACAGUUGUCUAGAAAGAUUCUGGAUCAAUCUAAUAUGAAACUACAUUGAUCUACACCAGCUGAGAAUCUGGCCCAUGGAGCCUAUAUACCUGACAAAACCAGUAAUGAUGAGAUUGGGAUAAAGCCUGUGUGAUUGACAACUGCAGAGCGGUAAUGAGGGUAGCAGGAAUGCUUCAAAGCCCCAUUAGGUAGCUCAUCAGAGAGCUGCCUGUCUGUGUGACAUUUUUACACCUAUGACGUUUAUGUGAAAAUCCAUCUCCAAGCAUGUUUGUGAUUAAAGUAUUUUUCUGCUUUCUCUUCCAAGCGGUCUUAUUUGUUGAGAUCUUUGUGUGCUGUCGACAUCUUUCCUUAUCCAUUUCCUAUUAGUUCUGUGUAUGAAAAAUAGAUAGACAACAAAGGG